AUGACUUGCCGCCUCGCCCUCCUACACUAUGACAGUGUCUCAAAAUCGAUGGUUGAAUGGUGUUGGCCUGCUGAUGGUGAGGGAAGGAAGAUUCGACCGUCCGACCUAGAGAAGUACCGCAAAGAAUAUGAUAUUAGAUACCCAUGCUGCCUAUGCGCUGAUGGCAGUGGAAGAGAACACCAAAUCCCACCUGUUCAACUCGAGUGGACAUUCCGGGAGCAAACGGAGUUGUUGAACAAGCUCGACUCAUCUGUUGGUGAUGGGAUUGCUGCGAAGGAGUUUCAUGUUUUGUUUAAACGCUGCAAAAAAUGCAAGCGAGUAGGAGCGAGACCAGCGAUGAACCACCAUGUCUGUUCAGGCCGGGUGCAAAAGUGA